AGCAGCUGCUGCGAACUGGAAUAGGGCGACGGCUGGUGUUCGGACAAAGAAAAGUUCAUAGCCAUCCGGCAUUUCCGUGUCUUUAAAAUGGCUGAAGCUAGGAUAUCAGUUUAUCUACCACCAAACAUUGAUCCCACAAAAGCCCCCAUUGCCUUUGGUGAGAGGGCAUUACCAAAAUUAAAUGAGGAACUGAAGAGCCCUGAGCUGAUUACUCGACAGAAAUCUCUCAUGGCACUGUGUGAUAUUGUGCACGAUCCAGAAUAUGUCUACCAGGCUGUGCAUUUGGGUUUCAUGGACACCCUGAAAACUCUGCUAUAUGAUGAAGACUGUACUGUCAGACAAAAGACAACUGAAGUCUUCCACAUCAUGGCUGGUCAUAACAUUGGAAGGGACGGUAUCUUGAGAAGUGACGUUGUUAUUGCACUCUCCCACCUUCUUAAUGACCCUGUAGAUGUAGUUCGGAGGAACAUGCACCGAACAUUCGAGAUGCUCUCGGAGCUCCCAGCUGGUGCAACCGCUCUUGUUGGUGCAGGUUUAAUAGCACAGCUGGUGAGCAAGUUGGAGUCAGAGCAUGAAGAAAUACAGGAGCUGAUACUGGAGACAUUGAAUUCAUGUCUCCAAGCAGAUUCUGCCCAGGCUCUUAAUGCAGGAGCUGUCCCCAUUCUGAAAGCGAAGCUUAGUCAUCCGUUAGUAGGCAUUAGGAGGAAAGCAGCCUGUGCUCUCAUGGAAAUAUGUGUUCCCUUGGAAGGAAAGGAAAGUGUGUGCAAAGCAGAGGUAGUUCCCAUAUUUGUACAGCUACUGGAGGAUGGGGAUGCUGAGGUCAGAGCCAAUGCAGCUGGGGCUUUGAUGUUCACUACCAUUACUACUCAAGGAAAAUAUGCUGCUUUUCAUUCUGGUGCCAUUCCAAAAUUGCUAGCUCUUGUGAAAGAUAGCCACAGUAAAGUGCGACUGAAUUGCAUCAAGACAUUAACCACCUUGUCUGAAACUCCUGAAGGUCGCAAAGUUCUCUUGCCAGAUGUCAAUCUAAUCCAGGAAUGUCUGUUGGACUCCAGUGAAGCAGUGAGGAGAGCAGCUGCUAUAGCAGUGCAAGUCAUACAGUGGAGACCCUGAG